UUAAGACAGGGAGAAAGACAAGCUCCCCAUUGGGAGGCAUGAGAGCCCAGGAGAAGGGCACAAAGAUUCUCAGACAAGUCACAUUCUGGAAUUUUGCAGGUGAAUCUGCCCUUCUCACCAGGGGUGACCUUCAGCCCUCACCAUCAUCCUUCCUGUGGCAGUGCAGAGUCAGCCUCUUGGUCCUGGAGGGCCCCAUCGUGAUCCUCUAGAAGAAAUGACGCAACAGUCAGCCUUGUCCUUCUUUCUUCUGCUCGUGACUGUCUCUGCCAACCUCACCGUGGCUGUCAUGAAGGACAAGAGAGCUCCUCAGACUCUCUCCAGAGGAUGGGGUGAUGACAUCACCUGGGUGCAGACUUAUGAAGAGGGGCUCUUCCAAGCCAAGAAGAGUAACAAACCCUUGAUGGUCAUUCAUCAUCUGGAGGAUUGUCAGUACUGCCAAGCCUUAAAGAAAGUCUUUGCCAAGAGCGAUGAAAUCCAGGAAAUGGCUCAAACUAGCUUUGUCAUGCUCAACCUCAUGCAUGAAACCACUGACAAGAACCUGUCUCCUGAUGGGCAGUAUGUGCCUCGAAUCAUGUUCGUGGAUCCUUCUUUAACAGUCAGAGCUGACAUCACCGGGAGAUACUCUAAUAGACUCUACACAUAUGAACCCCAAGAUUUGCCAGUAUUAAUAGAAAAUAUGAAGAAAGCCUUACGACUGAUCCAGAAGGAAUUAUAAAUGGUGGUGGAGAAGACAUACCAUGCCCUAAGAGGGCAAGUGCAUAGAAAUGCUGUCAACUUUAAAGCGUAUUCAUUAACUAUCUGGUUAGCAGCUAAUGGAGGUUGCCGCAAUGCAAGCACACAGGGAAGUUUGUUUGGGAGCCUUUUCUCUGGUUUCCAAUAUUUUGAAAUUGUUUGAGACUUUCUAAGUGUGAGAGUGACCCCUAGAGCAGAUUAGUGUCAGGUCCUGGAGGCUUCAAUAUACAAAGUAGUGCAUUUAAUUUGACAGAACAGUAGCACAGGAGACUGGUGAUGAAACUUGUGAUGGCAGGGCCAAAGGUGACAUUGAACCAUAAAAUGCCAACCACCAUCCAGCCCCUACUUGGAACCUUGGACAGCAAUUGCAAGACUACUGUUGUCUCAGUAUAAAUUCCCAACAAAGGGCAGAUGAUGCCCAUUAGGCAGCUACAAGUGAAGCUCAUUUCUAUCCUGUCACACAUGAAGCAAGUCACCCCAGCUCCCAAGACAUUAAAAUCACAUAUUCUUCUCCCUUAGCAGUUACUUAAUAAGCACUCACUGAAUUUAAUUGAAAUAUAUACUUUAAACAGCAUAGUGAGAAGCAGCAAGAUGCAGGACACCAAGAACCAGCUUUGAAGUCAGGAAAACUUGGGUUCAAAUCCUUUUUGAGAUGUAAGUGACUUUAAGGUGAAGGACUGGCUCUGGUCAGCUCUGAUCAUCAACAGGUUAGCACAAUGCAGAGUUUUACUACUCAGAUGGCACAUAUAAUCACAGAGCAUUCA